AUGGAUAAAAUUGUUUUGAAGACUAUGCACACAAGGCUACGUACACAAUCUAUUUACCAACCAUCUGUUCGAGAGGUCUCCGAGGACGGUGACUUUACUAGCCUCAGAGAGGCGCGCAAGGCCCAUGCACGAGAGAGAGCACAAAAGAGGCAGAGAAGUGAAAUCAAAGAAGAUGAAAAAGAAGAACAGCAACAAGAGAAAUCUUCAAUAGACGCAUCACUUAAACCUACACCGAAGGACGAGAGCCAUGAAGAGAUCAGAGUAAAAUUAUUUAAUGCUAUAGAGAAUGGUUCUAUUCCAGAGGUCACCUCUUUACUCGCUCAGACAAGGAGUUGUGUCAAUUUACACCACAACGACAUGUUAGAUCCGUCCAAUAGACAGAACGUGUUACAUCUAGCGUUAAGUCUCCCCCGAUUGGAUGUCGUUGACGUUAUUCUGAGCGAUAAAGAAAACGAUGCAUUAUUACAUCAAGUAUUUCAAGUUCCCCAAAGUACAAGAUCGGUUUUACAUCAAAUUACAGAGCUGAACAGUUUGCCAUUAGCAAAGAAGGUCUUGGAGAAGUUUUCAACAAGAAGCGAGAAAAUAAAGGCUAUCGAAAUGGAAACCCGUGUUGUCGUUGAAGGUCAAAGACCAAGAGUAUUCUCUUCGUAUCACUUCGCAGCCUUCAUGGGUUUUACCGAUUUGGUUAAUCUGUACCUUGACACAGGCGUAGAUAUUGAUUUACUCAACGUGAAAAAGGACACGGCGUUACUAUGGGCAGCAAGGUGGGGUCACAUAGAAACCGUGAACUGUCUUCUUGACAGACGUGCAAAUGUUAGUUUAGAAAACGACAAGAAAUCUACCGCUCUGUACUGGGCUGUGCGCUACCAGAAAUACGACAUAGUUAGACUACUUCUAGAAAAGGGAAAGGCAAAUCCCAACCAGACCAGGCUACUGGGAUUGGUGGCACCCAUCGUCAUAGCUUCGGCCUUAGGAAAUAACAUGAUUAUCAAGGAACUCAUUAAUUAUGGUGCGGACGUGAACACAGUCAUUCGCGGAGGAGAGAUGCCACUUCACCACGCGGCUAAAGAGGGCCACGUUGACGUUGUCCAGACACUCCUGAAAGAAAAUUCAAUACUUACGGCUCAGGAUGAGAGGGGUGACAGUGCUCUAAUCCUGGCGUCACAAAACGAGCAUGCAGACGUCGUCAAGCUUCUCCUAGAUAAGGGUGCGGACAUGUAUCACAAGAAUCACUUUGGUAUUGAUGCUUGGCAUAGCGCUAUAACACAAGGAAGUGAUGAAGUUCUUCGAGUAUUGACAAAACAUUACAAUAAGCUAUACGACAAAAACAGAACAUUGAAGUCACCUUUAUGCAUUGCUGCAAGCCUAGGAAGAUGUCGGAAAAUUGAGACUCUGAUUACGAUGGGAGCAGAUCCUGAGCAUCAAGACGAGGAUGGAAACACCAUUCUACACCAUGCUGCUGCUAAUAACAAGGACGACGUAAUCAAGAUGUUUCACAACAUUGUUGACAUCAAUGCUCUGAACAACAAGGGAGAGACUGCUUUACACAUAGCAUGUAGAGAUGGUCAUCAUAAAGCAGUUUUAGAACUGAUAGAUAAAAAGGCAAAAUCUAACAUUGGGAACACAGAUGGGGAAAACGCUCUUCAUACUGUGGCUUUAUCCCCAGCCACAACACCCGACAUCGCUCGCGCUCUGGUUGAGCACACUAUCAAGUCUCAUGACUGGGAGAGCGUAAAUGCAGUAGAUGCUCAAGGCAACAAUGCUCUUCACCUUGCAGCGCGAUUUGCAUCUCCGAAUGUGCUUUGGGAAUUUCGGUUUGUAAGAUUUAGAGACACUGAUGUUGAUGGAAACACACCUCUCCACGAAGCUGUGAUUCCUGGGAAGGAAGACAUACUAAAGACAGCCCUUGACAUCUACGAAGAUAUGCAGAGAGAUGCUGACAUAAACACACUAAAUAGAAAUUCUGAAAGUGUGCUUCAUCUGGCUGCUGACGCGGGGUUCUCAGAGAGUGUGUCAAGACUAGUGUUUUACGGUGCUGACCUUACAUGUGCCGAUGGAGACGGUAACACCGUUCUUCACAGACUGAUCAGGUCCAUAACAGAGGACAAAGGCAUGAGCGAGGUUUACAUGAAAGUUGUGGAGACUAUUUUGCAUGAUUCAGUCAGAUGGUGGAGCACCAUGCAAAGAAUACCUUAUCCAGCAGAGAACAAAGGACUCUUCAAAGAAAUGCAGCGAGAAGCGCUAGUUUCAUUGACCAACGACUACAAAAACAACGACAACCUGUCAGUCUUGGCGUAUGCGUUUAAACUAGGAUCAAAUAUAUUUCUGGAUCGUUUUCUGAUGAUGCCCGAUAUCAUGAUGUUUAAACGUGGCGAGGAAGUCUACUUUGAUGUUUCAUAUUUGACACCAUUGACAAGCCGGACCUCCAACCGAUGUUGUGAUAUUGCAACAAGCGAACAUGUGAACUCCAAUAUUGAGCUUUUGGUGUCUUUGGAAACCAAAGACCGUGCAUCACUUGUCCUUGACGUACCGCCCGUUAGGCGGAUGGAACAGAUGUAUACUUCCAUAUGUGCUUGGGCCUAUGCCUUCUUUAUGUUAAUACACAUAGUAUAUAUGAGUUUGUUUUCCUACCUGGGUGUGUCGGUGGCAGACAAAUUUCGCAACAUGCACAACGGUGUUCCUUUGGUUAACACAGACUCCGUGUUGGUAGCAGUCUACGUAGUUGUUCCAAUAGAGCCGAUCGUAGCUAUUGCAUACACGGCGGGGAUUAUUUGCACGACCCUGUACAGGAAAGAGUCGCUCCAGGUGUACUCAAUCAUUUCCAUGCUUUUCCUUGCUCUGUUCGCCUGUUUGACCCUUGCAUGGAUCGGAAUGGUUGCCCAACGAGACCCUAACCAGGAUUAUGUUUUGGCAGUAAGUUUGUGUCUUGGCUGGUUGAGCUCAAUAGCGCUGACGAGGGGCUUUAAAGGUAUUCACUACUUUUUCAAAAUGUUAGUCAACAUGGUCGUCAGAGAUGUCCUGCGUUUCCUCGUUGUGUUUUCGUUCGUACUUCUCGCAUUUGGUUUUGCUUUGCACGUGGUAUUUCAGAUAUCUUCCGAUAUUGUGGACACUUACUCGGACCCAAUGGAAACCCUUUUCAUGACAUUCAACCUUAUGAUUGGAAUGGCAGAACUAUUUGAUGACAAUUUUGAAACCGGAAUGUCAGGGGUUGGUCGUUCAGCAACAUUUGCUAAAGCAAUUUAUCUUAUCUAUAUAUUGUUAUCGACAAUUGUUUUGUUAAAUCUGCUCAUAGCUAUGAUGAACGACUCCUAUUCAGAUAUCUUACAAAAUCAAAAAGUCUCUUGGCGAGUGGAAUCCAUUCAAAUAGCCCUUGGCGUUGAACAUCUUUUCCCAUGGUUUCCAUCUAUUUUUGGUAGGAUAAAAAUCAAGAAAGAACUUCACGGUGAGAAAUUUGCAGAAAGAGAGAGAUGGUAUUUGGUGACAACUGCAAGUGAUCUUUUGAACUACACUUCAGAGUCUACCAAUACUGACACAAAUGAACGGAUAACUAUAACUACAAACUUCGAUGAAAAACUUAAUGAAUUUGAAACCCGCAUACAAAGUAUUGAGCAGCAGGCCCAUGAAUCAAAUAAGAAAAUGGAAGAGAUUAAAGAACUAAUUCAGAACAUAAACCACAUCCUUAAAAAAUGA